AUUAUGAUCUCUUCCCUCCCUCUCUCUCUCUCUCUCACUCACUCACUCACUCACUCACUCACUCACUCGCUCACUCACGUAAGUUUGGUGUGCAAUAAGGAUUUUUAUAAGAAUACUCAACUGUAAUUGGUCAAUUUCUUACGGCUUAAAGUUUGAAUUUUCAUUAUAAGUCGAGACUAACGCUAUAUAGAAAUGAAGAGUUUGGUAAUGAAAUUGUAAGUUACGAGGUAUAAGAAACCUUCAUUCUUUGAAGUGUUACUUGUUUAACUGUCGCAUAUGGCCCUUUUACUUUAAAGCUUGUACAAACUUUGAUGUACUCUACACGGUAUCCUUUCAAUAAUUGUUAUUUCAACAAUUAAUUAAUUAUUAAUUGCACGAUGCGGAAAUUUAUUAUCAAAAGCAAAUCCUUUGUAAAAAAUUUCUAUCCUAUUAGAAUAGCAUAUUAAUAUUAUCCCUGCAUAAAAGCUUAAAAUGUCUUAUUCAAAAAUAGUGUUUCACGAGAUUUUAUCUCGUGAAUUCUGCUUUGUAAAAAUCUCGGAUUGGAUCGUGGCCAAUACUUUUCAGUGCGAUAUUGAGAAUAGAACAUGAGAUCUUGUAUGCCUCUGAAUCCGAUAACAAUUAACAGAAGAAGUGGAUCUUUCUUUCUUAAUGCGAGAGUUCGCAUUUAUUUGCGAUUGAAUGCAAAAAUGUCUAGAAUCAAGUGAAUUCUUUUAAACGCAAGAGUUAAUAAUUGAAAUGAAUUGAAUGCUUAUUCAAACAGAAUUCAAAAGAUAUUCAAUUAAAUAUCUUCUAAAUUCUGUUGAAUUCUGCUUUUUGCAAAAUGUCAAUAUUUUUUAGUUCUUUUCAAUCCGACGUUUUAUGCAGGGAUUGUUAGUAUAUUAAUCACAUAUGUGCGUAUUAUAUUUUGCGUUUGCAUUAAUUUACUUCAGUGCUAUCGAAUGUUUAAUAUAUAUUAAAUUUAACUUAUCGCGAGUCUCGAGACGCGUAAAAUUAAAAGGUUAAACGCGUAGAAGAAAGCUACAACUUUCUGCCGGUCAAUACGUUCCAUCCGGAGGGAACUUGCAAAAGCGUCAGUAGGGUUUCUCUUUCCUCUACGUUAUAUUUAGUGUCAAGGAAAGGAAUGUCACUCAUGUCACUCAUGCGAUUCGUGUAAGAGCUACGUGCCAUUUAUUGCCGCGCGACAGAGACACCCCGAGUAUUAUUAACUAAAACAAAUUGUAAGAGAGGGUGUAUCAUAUCAACAUUACUAUUAGUGUGUGAUAUCAUAUGUCCAAGGUCUUAAAUUAACCCCCGCAUCAAGAGAGAUGUGAGUGGGGAGGGGAAUAGGGUAAAAUAAAAAUUUCAAGUUAGUCGAAGCUGGGCAAAGUGUCUUUCAACGCAAGGCUAUCUCGCGCACGCGACUUUCUCAUGAAUUCCACCUUGAGCCAUUAUUACGGGGUCGUUAAGAAACUGUCAUCGUUAGCUGGUCAGUGGCCAUAUCAGAAGCCAAAAACAAAAUUAAUCUGUUUGAGUAUCGUGACUUUGAGCACACUUUCUAUUAUUGUCCCACAGAUAGCUAAAUUCAUCGAAUGUGAUGGAGAUUUGCAAUGUAUAUUUCAAACCAUGGCAGGAAAUAUGAUGGCGAUUAUAGCCUUGGUGAAGCUGUACACGUGUUAUUUAAACCAAUAUAAAAUGAAAGUUUUAAUCGAUCGGCUGUUCAUCGAAUGGGAUGAAUUGGUAACACCGGAAGAAUGUGAAAUUAUGAAAAGAUAUGCUGAGACUAGCAGGCGAUAUUCCCUGAGAUACUCGUUGUCUUGCUUCACAUCCGCAUUUCUGUUUCUAUGUAUAUCAUUUAUACCGCCAGUAUUAGAUAUCGUAUUACCUCUGAACGAAUCUCGUCCUUUACUACCAGUUCAUCCAGGAUAUUACUUUGUUGAUGAAAGAGAAUACUUCUCAUAUAUAUUCUUACACGCCCUCGUGGCCUGGGAGAUUGCCGUGAUUGGAAUAGUGGCUCACGAUUGUAUGCUUCUAACUUAUAUCGAACACGUUUGCAGUAUCUUCGCCCUCGUCGCAUUUCGAUUCGAACAAUUGAUGUACACUAAUAAUAUUAUGAAAAUUUUACAUUCUCAUACACGUAGUAACACGCAUUGCAAAGGAAUUGUAUUUUCCGUGUAUACCCAUCGAAGGGCUUUAAAGUUCGCUCAACUGAUCGAUGAUACAUUUUCGUUAACAUUGGGUAUACAAAUAAUAUUAAAUACAGCACUUAUCAGCAUGACUUUACUACAAGUACGUGUUUAUUUAAUAUUUCAACUUUCUAUACGUGUGUGGUUUUUUACACAAUUAGAAUCAAAUAUUAUAAUUACAUACAUUUUAUCACAUUUCAAAAUUGCGCAAAAGCAUAUAUGUGAUAAAUAAAAAUGUUAUACUUUUUAUAUUGGAGAUCACACAACGGAACGCCAAUGCUUUAGUAGUGGUGAGAUAUAUAUUUUAUGUCCUUAGUCAACUUAUUCAUCUAUUUUGCCUCAGUUUUGAAGGACAAAAACUGAUAGACCACAGUCUUCAAACACAUGAUAAAAUGUAAGAUGAAAACUUCCAUAAUAAUUGGUUUGUUAUGGAAUUUAGUAAGCAUAUCACUAAAGCAUUGCAGCUACAAUAGUCUUUGGUACGAAACACCCCCCAAGUCGCAAAGGAUGCUUUUGUUUAUGAUGCAAAAGACUCU